AUGCCUGUUGAAGAUGUUCUUUUGGCAGAUAUUUUGCUCUAUUUAGAUGAAAAAAGCCGGCCAGUAGUGGAAGGAGAAGCAGUUAUCCGUGCUAAUCAUGUGAUUUUGUGUGGGGCAGAAGACUUCAACAAAAGGCACAUUUUCGCACUUUGUUUACAAACUUCGGCGAUGAAAUCUUCUCCACAUGAAGUAAAAUUGAAGUUGGGGUCCAGAGGAACUCCUAUAGAACAAUGGAUUUGUAUUUGUUCAUGCAAAGCAGGACAAUCUGGGUAUUAUGAACAUGUUGUAGCUGUUCUUUUAUAUGUCAAUUGA